UCAAAUUGAACCGGAAACCAACGUCAUUUUGGGCCAAUCUCCGCGCUCUGGAGUGACAUAAUGGAAUUUUUAGGGCUAGAAAGCGAGCAAGGUCUGGCGCUGCGCAUAGCAGUCGUGCCAUCGGGAAAAGACCAUAUCAUAUAGAGGCACAUCAGAGCCCCAACAGGCACAACAGCUUAGCUGAAGUGGUCGACUGAGUGAUAAGACGAGAAAGGAGAUAAGGAGACCGGAAUACACCAAGUAAGAGUCAGCUGAUUUCCUCAUGUUUGGAUGUGACUGUUGAACAAACGUUAAUGCCUAACGCUCAACACUCCCUCUUAUGAGGGUGUAGAAUGGAAACAAGCCUCUACACAGGCACCGUGGUGAAUACUUCGAGGGUCUCCGGUAUCUAUUCCCAGAACACGAUGAUGAAGAAGGACAUUAAUCUGAACCUAGACAAUCAGAACUCCGAACUCAAAUCUAACCCGCUCCGGGACGCAGACGGACUUCUCAACUCCUCAGACUUAGGACUCCUGAAACUAACCUCUCCGGACCUAGAGCGACUUAUUAUCCAGUCCAACGGUCUAGUCACCACCACCACCAACCCGACCUCCCAGUUCCUUUACCCAAAGUCAGCCAGUGACGAGCAGGAAUUCGCGGAAGGUUUCGUAAAGGCGCUGGAGGAUCUUCACAAGCAGAACCAGCUGAGCGAGACGGGGUGCGUCUCUGUGGACAGGCUGGAGCUCCUCGGAUCAUCCAGCGCAGCAGGCUCUGCCAGCCUUCAGGCAUCAGACCUCCCUGUGUACACUACGCUGAACGGCUACGCGGCCAGUCCGCUCGGAGGCACCACCAUCAACUAUUCCACCGACACCAUUCCCUUCCCGCCGCCGCCGUCUCAUUUGGCUACCGCGCAGCAACAGGCGGUCGCUGCGGCCGCUCUGUCACGACUCCAGUCUGUCGGCGCUUUGAAGGACGAACCUCAGACCGUGCCGGACAUGCAGAGCUUCGGGGAGAGUCCUCCUCUGUCCCCCAUCGACAUGGACAACCAAGAGCGCAUCAAGGCGGAGAGAAAGAAGCUGCGCAACAGGAUAGCCGCCUCCAAAUGUCGCAAGAGAAAGCUGGAGAGGAUCUCUCGGCUGGAGGACAAGGUCAAGACCCUGAAAACGCAGAACACCGAGCUGGCAUCCACAGCCAGCGUGCUCAGGGAGCAAGUGGCCCAGCUGAAGCAAAAGGUGAUGAACCAUGUUAGCAGCGGGUGCCAGCUUUUACCAAACCAGGUCCAAGCUUAUUAAUUCCAAUAAUGGUGCUCUUUAAUUGAUGUUUAUUACUGCUACAAAUGUGGCCCGAGGAUACAGGCUUGCAUUAUAAAGAACAUUUGUGCCCCGUGUAACAGAAAAUCCCCUUCACGAGACGCUUAAUGCGAAGCCAGUGUGGAUGCAUCCUCCCGGCUAUGGUUGGGAAGCAUAAACAGAGACGUUUACACGGAAGUGAACAGGCCUAGAUAAGAGCUGCAGGUCAACUGGAAAACGAAAGCUGGUGGGGACUACAGCUUGCAGUGUUUUGCAGCAAACAGACUCACUUUGAUGUCCUUAUUCUGGGAAAGCCAUGUAGCAAAGUGCAAUCCACUGAACUGGUGUGGCACUUAUUUGUGUGUAAGCUGGACAAUCUCAACGUGGGCGCAACCAAAACACCGGGGUGUCACCAAGUGCUGUCAUCCACUGUGUAAUAUAAUGCCUUACUUGUUUACAAGCACUUAGAAAUGACAAAUAUCUAUAUUUUAUUUACUGAAACAUUUCUUAUUUUACAUAUGGUCUUAUUUCAUUGUUUUGUUUUUUGGAAAAAUGAACACUGCAUGUCUUGUCGCUUCUGUGUACAGUAACCUUUGUACUUUCCUUUAUGAUGGCUACUCUUGUACUUCUACUUGCCAAACCUCCAUGAAUGUAUGUGUAUGUGCUGAGAAACUCCAUGUAUCAUGUGUAAUGAACGAGUCUACGAGACAUUAUUAAAUUCACUACAUUACUACA